GAUACUUAGCUUUAAGUACCAUUGGUUCUCUUUACGAGUUUCAAAUUUUCAAGCUUAAGAAUUUGGUAACUCUCAUAGUUACUUCAUGGAUGGAAAAAUAUCCUUUGCAACUGCCAUGUGAUAUUUUGGAUUUGCCACAAUUGAGACAUUUGCAUGUUGAUAAGAGAUGUUCACAGUAUCUCCUUUUUUUGUCAAAAAAGAUCUACAAACUCUUUAUUGGUUGAAAUUUGCUAGCUCCGACGAAAAACCAAACUUCAAAAUGGUUCCAAACCUAAAGGAACUUGAGAUUUAUAUUGAAGGCCUAUUGGGGCCUAGCCAUCUAGGGAGCCUUGUGCAUUUACAACUACUUGAGAAGUUGAAGUUUGAAGUAGGAAGGGUCGAGCGCUUUUGUCUUCCAACAGGUUUUCCACCAAACCUUAAGAAGUUGACACUUCGGUAUACUUAUCUUCCAUGGAAGGAGAUGGACACAAUUGGCAAGUUGCCGCACCUUGAGGUGCUUAAACUAAAAGAUUUCGCCUGCUAUGGUUCCAAGUGGGAACCAUCGAAGCAAGGCUUUCGGGAAUUAAAGGCACUUCUUAUCUCACGAUCAAAUCUCAAACAUUGGAAUGCAAGUGCUAAUCAUUUCCCAGUUUUGGAGCGCCUAGUCUUAAGAUAUUGUUGGGAAUUGAAACAAAUUCCAAUUAAUUUUGCAAAGAUUGGAACACUGAAGUUAAUUGUGUUAGAAUGUUGUUAUUCUUCUCUUGUGACCUCUGCAAAUCAGAUUUCUUUGGCAAACAAGUUAUUGUUUGAGGGAAAGGCAGAUUGUCCACUUUGUGUUCGUAAAGUUGGAACAAAGGUUGAAUUGCCAAAUAUCGAAAGCUCUGAAGAAGAAUCUAUAGAACACUCUGAAGAAGAAAGUGUGGAAAGCUCUAAAGAAGAAAGUGUGAAAAACUCUAAAGAAGAAAGUGUGGGAAGCUCUAAUCAAGAAAGGUUGAAAGCUCGGAAGAGAGUGAUGAAAAAUCUGAAGAAGAAGGUGUCGAAAUCCCUGAAUGCGUUCAAAGAUUUGAAGAGGAAAGUGCUAAGAAGAAAGUGAGUUAGGAAUUUUUAAAUUUUGGGCUUAUUAUAAACUUAUGAUCCAAAGCCAAGGUAUGUAUGUAUAUACCUAUGAAACUUGUGGUUAAACUCCAUAUUAUCUUUUGCAA